GUGGCAGAGUCGUGAACUUGUUACGAAACCUUAUUUAUGUGCAUUUGUUUAUAUUUUUCCUGUUGAAAUUUUACGAAUGUCAGUUUGCAUAAAAUAUCAAAGUAAACAAUCUUUCUUUAAGUACUAUGGACUUUCUCAUUGGUGGACUUGCUGGUGUUGGUGCUGGUUUCUUCAGCAACCCUUUUGAUGUGGUGAAAACUCGCAUGCAGUUACAAGGAGAACUACGAGCAAAAGGUCAACAUGCUGUUUAUUAUAAAAAUAUACCGCAUGCCAUUUACACCAUUGUAAAAUAUGAUGGCAUAAGCGCUCUACAGAAAGGCCUCGCUCCAGCACUUUGGUUUCAAUUAGUAGUAAAUGGGGUAAGAUUGGGAAUAUAUCAACAAGCUGACAACUAUGGGCUUCUAAGAGAUGAGAAGAAUAACACCAAAUUCGUUAACAGUGUAUUUUUUGGUUCUGUUUCUGGCAUGUGUGGUGGUUUCAUGGGCAGUCCUUUACAACUUGUUAAGACCCAAUUAAUGUCACACUCAGCUAAGCAAAUAGCUGUAGGCACACAACAUGCCCACCCAGGAAUGAUGAAUGCCUUAUCAAAGACUUAUAGGAAAAAUGGUCUUGUAGGUUUAUGGAGAGGUGCUCAUGGUAUGAUGUUAAGAAACUCUACUGGUUCUGCUUCACAAAUUGUGGCAUAUGCAAUGUGUAAAGAAUGGAUGGACAACAAUAACAUGUUCCAGCAAUCAAAAUAUCUUCCUGCUUUUUUAGCAAGUAACAUUGGUGCUAUUGUUAAGACCAUCACACUUACACCAAUGGAUGUCAUUAUGACAAGACUAUAUAAUCAAGGGGUUGAUGCACAAGGUCGUGGUCUGCUUUACUUGGGACUGGCAGACUGUGCAAUGAAAAUUACUAAAACGGAAGGUGUUUUAGCUUUCUAUAAGGGAAUCGGACCAUCUUAUUUCCGUCAAGCACCUCAUUCGGUACUUUUACUUGUAUUUUGGGAUAUGUUAAAAGAUUUACAAAAGAGUUAUCAACCACUUUCAGUAUAAAUCAAUUCUAUUGAUUAAUCUUCUUGAUUGCAGAUGUAGUACCCCUAGUAUUAUAUAAUAAAUAGGAUAGUAAUUGCUGUGAUUCUAUAGAUACAUAAAAUCAAUAUAUAGGUUAUUAUUACAUUACUUUUAAGUGUCAGAAGUACUUAAAUGUAAGGAUAUAAAUGACUAAACAAUGAAACUAAGUAGAAUUAAUAGAAUUUAUUAAACACACCAAAGGCAAUUUAAAAUUGUUAUGAAUUGAGCCAUACUACUUUUAAUUUGGGUUAGGACUGCCUAAAAUAACAGAUGUUAAAGAAUGCAAAAGGUUAGCAAUAUUUGGUUUUAUAUUAUGUAAAAUUUAAAAGAUUGUUUUUCAAAGGAUUGGUUUUUUAAAUAGAAGCAAGUACCUGUAUUUAUAAGUUAUUGUUAUAUCUUUGUAUAAAAUACCUAGAUAAUUAAUACAUUAUGUAUAAGUAAAUAUCUAUGAACCAUUUUAUCAAUAUUUUUUGU